AUGGAUACUGAAGACAAUGAAGAAUGGAGUGAUUAUUCAAACUCAUUGAAGCUAUACGAAAAAAUAGAAAAGUUAUAUCAUGAAUAUAAAAAAGAAAUUAGUAAACUAAAAGAUUAUAAUAAGGAUGUAAGCAGUUCCAAUAUAUUAAAAGAUGAUAAUGAAAUAAAGAGUAAUAUAAAAAGAGGAAUUAAAAACAUAAUAAAGCCUAGUAUGUAUAAUUAUGAUGUAAUAAAUUAUUACAAAGAUGAAGUAAAUUUAAAAAAAAAGGCAAUGGAAUUAUCUGAAGAUAUAAUGGCAGCAAUUGAUCACAUUUAUGAUAUAUUUCGACUCUGUAAUCAAAAUGUUUUCUUAUCAUUUAAUGGGGGAAAAGAUGCGGUUGUAACUUUACAUUUAUUUAGAUGUGCUUAUGCAAGAUAUAUAAAGAAUAUAAAAGGAAAAAAAAAAAAACCCAAUUUGAUUUAUUUUAAAGAUGAAAUAAAUGAAUUCCCUGAAGUAUAUCAGUUUUUAAAUGAAUGUGCAUAUAUGCAUGAUUUUAAUAUAAUUAUAAUUAAAGGAACAUGGAAAAAUGGAGUAACUCAUUUUAUAGAAAAUUUUCAUAAAAAGUUUGAGACUACUUUUUUAAAUCAAAUGAAAAUAUCGAAUAUCGAUUCUUUUUCAUUUUAUCCUACUAUUGCUUUUAUUAAUGGGACACGAUAUAAUGAUUCAUAUAGUGAAAAAUUACAUAUUUUAAAUAUUAGUUCGAAGAAUUUUCCACCUUACUUAUAUUUAAAUCCCAUCUUUUGUUGGACAUUUGGAGCUAUUUGGACUUUUAUUUUAUAUUUUAAAUUUAAUUAUUGCAUUUUAUAUAAUCACGGAUACUCAUCUAUUGGCUCAGUGAAUGAUACAAUAAAAAAUGAAUUUCUAAAAUGUAACGAUUGUUAUUUACCUGCAUAUUUUCUAAAAAAUUGGGAUUAUGAAAGAUAUAAUAGAGUAUCAUUUAAAGAAAAAUAA